AUGGCGGGGCUGCGGGGGGGCCGGCCGGCGCGGCGCUCCGCCCGGGCUGGCGGCGGCGGCGGGUGCUCCUGGGCGCUGCCCACGGGGCUGCUGUGCGCCUACGGCUUCUUCUGCAGCGUGCGGCCCUCGGAGCCCUUCCUCACCCGGUACCUGCUGGUGCCGCACAAAAACCUCUCCGAGACCCAGGUGUUCAACGAGAUUUACCCAGUGUGGACUUACUCCUACCUGGUACUGCUGUUCCCGGUGUUCCUGGCCACGGACUACCUGCGGUACAAGCCUGUGGUCCUGCUGCAGGGCCUGAGCCUCAUCAUCACCUGGUUUAUGCUGCUGUAUGCCCAGGGGCUGCGGGCCAUCCAGUUCCUUGAGUUCUUCUACGGGAUAGGGACGGCCACCGAUAUUGCCUAUUACUCCUACAUCUACAGUGUCGUUGAUGUCAGCCUGUACCAGAAGGUCACCAGCUACUGCCGGAGUGCCACCCUGGUGGGCUACAUGGUGGGCUCGGUGUCCGGGCAGGUCCUUGUGUCGGUGGCAGGAUGGUCCCUCUUCAGCCUGAACGUUAUCUCCUUAACCAGCAUAUCCAUUGCCUUUGGCAUAGCGUGGUUCCUGCCGAUGCCACAAAAAAGCUUUUUCUUUCACCACGUCUCAAGUCAGCAGCUCAGUUGGGAAAUGAAGGUCAUGGACUGUAAAAAUGGAUCUGCUGUCCAAGAUCACCCCGAUGUGCAGAGGGCACCCGGCUGGGAGGAUGAGACGAAAGUUCCCUUAAACGGGGAGGGUGAUUCAACAGAGAAACAGGAGCAGAAAGUAGACAUUAUAAAGGUGCUCAAAGAUCUCUGGCAUGACUUCCUGCAGUGCUACUCCUCCCAGACAAUGCUCUGCUGGUCUGUGUGGUGGGCACUGUCCACCUGCGGCUACUUUCAGGUCAUCAACUACGCUCAGGGCCUGUGGGAGAUGGUGCUGCCUUCUCAUAGCAUGGAGAUCUACAAUGGUGCUGUGGAGGCAGCCUCGACGCUGCUAGGAGCUGUUGCAGUAUUUGUUGUGGGUCACAUAAAAACAUCCUGGGCAAUGUGGGGUGAAGUGGCACUUGCCCUGUUCUCCUUUCUUAUUGCUGCUGCUGUAUAUAUCAUGGACACGGUUCGUAACAUCUGGGUGUGCUAUGCAUCCUAUGUUGUCUUCAGAAUUAUCUACAUGCUGCUAAUCACAAUAGCAACGUUCCAGAUCGCUACAAAUCUCAGUGUGGAGCGGUACGCCCUGGUGUUUGGGGUCAAUACUUUCAUUGCCUUAGCACUUCAGACUCUGCUCACUUUGAUUGUUGUGGAUGCCAGUGGGCUUGGGUUGGACAUCUUCACCCAGUUCAUGAUUUAUGCCUCUUACUUUGCGGCCAUCUCACUGGUGUUCUUGGGCAGUGGCAUAUACAGUAUUAUGAGAGCUUACAGAAGACAAGAGCAGAUGCAAAGCAGAUCUCCUGAAAGCCAGUAGUGCAGCAAGUGAAGACUCUUGGUGGCUACAUAGGAAGAUAUAGGUCUGGUUUUUAAUCUCUGCCUUUUCUUCCCAAGGCAGUCACCUUAACGGUAUUUGAUCCAUAUUUAUACUAUACUAGUAGCACAUUUCAGAAGGUAAAUGUAUUAGCUCUUACGUAAGUAAGAACAAAUAUCUUCUUUCUAAAAUGCCUUUUGUUCUUCUGUUGCAUAUAAGGAACGUGCAGCAAAGAACAGUAAGUUUUCUCAAAGAAUGAAAGCCUUGGGAGGUUUUAGUCUAAGGCUGUGCAUCUGGAGGCUGCCAUUGAAAAUGCAGCUUCAUGAUUGUCUAGUCAGCUGCUACUCUCUGUGUCACUGAGGUGCUGCUGCAGGGCAGAAGUGAGGGCACACUAAUAGACCUCUCUGUGGAGAGCCCCAGGCCUGGGACAGGAGGUGGCCUUAGGCCCGUGCUCUGCAGCGUGGCUCUCGCUGUGGCUGCCCCGUGAUGCUGGAUGCUCUGCUUUGAGGACUAGUACACUUAUGUUUCUGCAUAUCCACAUGCUUCCUUGACUUGCUUGUACUGUUUCUGCUGUUCCUGUCUGUCACCUCUGCUGCCAGAGUUUUACCAUAGCUGAUCAUGGUGCUUCCCCAAAAACUUAACUGUGUCCUGGGGCAACUUGUGACGCUGGUGAAUUGGCUAUCAGGAGUGCUACUUGUGCCAUGAAGGCCUGUGCCCAAGGGACUGUAAAGCUGGAGGUGAAGCUUAGAGGGAGUUGAAGUAGACAAAAUGCUAAUCCAAGGGACCCUUGGACAUCUUUGCCUUGGUCCUUUAGGACUGCAGAUUCCUGCGAUUACAGGAGUCACUGCCUCACAGCCCUGGGGGCUGGGCUAUUUCAGUGGGAUGGCGGAUGUUAGUAUAGCACUGGGAAGGAAGGUGUCUUGCAGGAUUUUAAGCUAUUCUUUGUGAUCUUGGAGAAUUGUGAUUCUAGUGACUUAAAUAGACACCUUCAGUUAUGGUAGUUAGCAGGAUGACUGCCUGAGGCUUUGAAAAAUGCUGAUUUCUGGUCUGUCAGUUUUUCCCCUUAUUUUAAAAUGCCUUUAUGCUUCUGGUGGGUUUCUGUCCACUCGUUCUACCUCUUCUUUCCACCUAAGCGGGACAAUGAAUGUUUGGAGCGGGCAGUUCUUUUAUUUUGUCCAGUCUCAGCAAUUUGGGACUUGCCUCAUACCUGUUUUUUAAAAAUAAUUUAUUUUUUCCAAAUUGCUUCAGCACUGGGAAGGAGUUGCACAGAGUUGUCCUGGGUUUGGGUACCUGGAUACUCAGGCACCAUGACCAGCACAGCAACAGAUAUCUGUAGUAUACUGUGGAAAUGGCCUAUGGACUGCCCCUGUUGCUGUGCAGGUUGUGGUGAGUUUUAAGUGUACAGGAGAACUGGCAAGGGAGAAGAUGCAACACAGUGUGCUUCCCUCCAUGCCUUCUCUGUCUGUGCUGGUUAGAGCUUCUUCCAGUCGGAGCCUGAAGAAGCAGCUUUGGUUCAUUGCUUGCUUUUAGUGCCAUGGAGACUUCACAGCAUUGGGGCUGGGAAGGCAUUUCUCCCCUGGCUGGGACAGGUACAGCCUUUCUCAUCACUUCUGUGAGCCUCAGCCUUUACCAUGCAAGGCGAAUGAUUAAUGUGUCUGGGAUGUGCUACCUGGGGUCUGGGGAGCCCUUCCAGGCCGGCUGUUCAGGGGAACCCACUCCCCAAAGCUUCUCUGUGUUUGCAGCCUGCAUUCUUAAACAACCCCCUAAAGAGGGGCUCAGCUGUACUGGCAUUUACACAUGUAAACUUAACUGCCUUAUCCUGAAAUGGAAACUUGAAGCCACCCAUGUAUAUAUUCCGUUCUUUACUGGGUUUUGUUUUAAAAAAAAAAAUAAAAUGUGAAGCCAUGAGAUGCUAGCUGAUGAGCUGUCCUGGGAAAGGGAUAGUAAGCGUAUAUCCUGUCCUUUGAGUUCUUUGGUCUGAUGGCAGUUGCAGCAAGGCAUGAGGAGUGGGUGUACAGCACUUGUGUCAAGUGACCGAAAGAAGCAGCUCAAUUUUAAUCACAUUUUUCAUACAGAGAACAAAUCUUUGAUGGGGAACAACCCAGUUAUUUAAAAGCAAGUCAGAAAUUAACUAACGAAUUACAGCAAUAACAAUGAUUUUUCUACCAAAGUAAUGAAACUGUGGCAACUGCAAUAGAGAGGCAUGCUACACUGCAUACAUCUUGAGCCCUGUUAAUGUAUGGAAGCCACACCUGGCUGCUGUUGAGGUUCCUGCGCUGUGCUGUUGCUGUGGUGAUGAGGUGACUACAGAGCCUGACUGGAGCUGUAUGCAGAGUUACUGAUGCCUAUGAAAUUCUGUAAACAUGUUGACAUUGUUGGUUUCUAAUUGAAUCGCUAUUUUUGUUAAAUAAAAAUACUCUGAGAUA